UAGAGGUGCAAACAUCUUUUAACAUAUUCUUCUUUUUGUUGGUUUAUACAUUUGAAAUCUACCACUUAGAAACUUACUGAUCGAAUUUAUAGUGCUGAUUUAAGUUGGAAGUGACCGCAACGAGCGACAACUUGACGAUGACGUUGGUGCUACUCGCGCUGUCGCUGGCCUGCGCGCGCUUCAGUCUCACCGUCGCUCUACAGGAGCCGAUGCCCCUCUUGCCUGACUUGGGGUCGGGAGACAAGACAUGUGGGGCAAGCCCCUCUGCCGGACAACCUCAAACCAAGGGCAUCUUCCGGACCCUGGAACUGCCCUCCGCCUCGGGAGCUCCCGUGGUCUAUGAACUUGAAUUUUACCCAACCAACAACAAACUUAAUACUCUUCGGUACAUUUAUUCCUUCGGUGCUGACUUCCCCGAAACAAUCGCCACAAUUGAUGCCACGAAAUUCGAGGACUGCGCCAGAAAGGCGGCACUGGCAGACGUGGCUGGCUUCGUGUUCUAUGAUACAAGCUGCUAUGAGUUACCUAAGCCGAGGGCGAGCAUAUGCUCAUGUACCCUCGGCGAUUUCUUCGAAUCAGGAGAGUACUACAAACAGCAAUACCUCCACACUGGUGAUACCGACCCUCUCAACGGUUCGUUUGGCGUACCACCUAACAAUUGAUCCCACUAGCAAGUCAUCUUAGGACUUAGAGUAAUGCAGGAUUAUUUGUACUGAAUUCAAUGUGAAAUUCAGGGUAAUUCUAAAUGAGGAAACAUUGGAAAGAGAUAGA